AAAUCUCCAAAACAUCUCAAAAUCAAGACCCUUUUUUUUCCUACCCAAUCUUUUUGCUUUAUCGCUGCCGCUAGUGGACUCACGAGGGUCAGAUACUCUUUCGAAUUCCCGUGAAGAAGCCCAAUUAUACAUUCUCCGAGACAACAACACGCUGAAAUCGGAGCUCGGUCGGGAUUGAAGUUGAAGAGUAACCAAAAAUGGCGGAUGAGAAGGACGCUUUUUAUGUUGUGCGGAAAGGGAACAAUGUUGGGGUGUAUAAAAGCAUAAGUGAUCUUCAAGCAGUUCUUCGAUCUUCUGUAAACGACCCUUCUGUAAGUGUGUUUAAGGGGUAUGGUUUGUCUAGAGAAGCUGAGCAAUACGUUUCCUCUCAUGGACUAAAAAAUGCAAUUUAUUCUAUUGAUGCCGGUAAUGUUCAAGACGAUCUUUUUGGCAAAGUUGUCGCUUGCCCUUUUCGGCAUCCAAAUUCUUCUAAAGACAAGGCGGGUUGCAAGAAUCAUUUAGAGAAGAUGCCACAGCAGGAUGUUGUUGGAUCAGCUUCAUUUCCCAUAAGUCCUCAGCAAAAGCAUGCCAAAUUGGAUUUCCUUCAAGUUCCACCAGUUUCUUCUUAUUGUGUAAGUUUCUGUCACAGUUCCUGUAUUAUUGAAUUUGAUGGUGCUUCAAAGGGAAAUCCUGGACCAGCUGGUGCAGGGGCUGUACUGCGAACAGCAGAUGGAAGCAUGGUGUUUCGUUUGCAGGAAGGCGUGGGUAUUGCUACUAAUAAUGUUGCCGAAUAUCGUGGUGCCAUUUUGGGGUUGAAAUAUGCUCUGCAAAAGGGGUUCAAACAUAUACAGAUUCAAGGAGACUCUAAACUUGUCUGCAUGCAGGUUCAGGGUCUAUGGAGAACAAAAGUUCAAAACAUGGCUGAAUUGUGCAAGGUGGCUAAAGAACUCAAGGAUCAGUUUGUAACAUUCCAGAUCUGCCAUGUUGAAAGAGACUUAAAUACUGAAGCUGAUGCCCAAGCAAAUCUAGGGAUACAUUUAAAGAAUGGUGAAAUUCAAGUCGAAUGUGACAUCCAAAAGCCUGAAGGAAUCACUGCUUAG